UGCGAUUAGGCGCGUGAACCUUAUUCAAGGGUCAACACCGUGUUACAUACAUAUCCCAUUUAAACGCAGGAGAACAAGCGUGGCAAAGCUUUACCAGUGAGCUACCUCCUUGCUGUCAAGAAUUUCAAUCAUGCUGUCUUUCACAAUACGACAACUGGCAAGACCGGUGUGCCAGCGGUCUCCAGCGGCAGUGAGGGUGGCAUGGAGGGGGCAGCACUCGCAGAUGGCAGCGCGCAGCUUCGAGCAGUACGAGCGGCCAUGGACCGGCCAGGACAGCCUGGCGCAGGACGACCCCGAGAUGUGGGACCUGCUGACCAAGGAGAAGGACCGGCAGUGCCGCGGCCUGGAGCUCAUCGCCUCCGAGAACUUCUGCAGUCGCGCAGCGCUGGAAGCCCAGGGCUCCUGCCUCAACAACAAGUACUCAGAGGGCUACCCUGGCAAGAGGUACUACGGUGGUGCUGAGAUGGUGGACCAAAUCGAGCUGCUGUGCCAGAAACGGGCUCUGGAGGCCUUCGACCUGGACCCUGCCAAGUGGGGGGUCAACGUGCAGCCCUACUCCGGCUCCCCGGCCAACUUUGCCGCCUACACAGCGGUGCUCAAACCCCAUGACCGCAUCAUGGGCCUGGACUUGCCUGACGGAGGACACUUGACCCACGGCUACAUGUCUGACGUGAAGCGCAUCUCGGCCACAUCCAUCUACUUCGAGUCCAUGCCCUACAAGCUGAACACUGCGACUGGUCUCAUAGACUAUGAUCAGAUGGAGCUGACCGCACGUCUCUUCCGGCCUCGUAUGAUCAUCGCUGGCACCAGCGCCUACGCUCGCCUCAUCGACUACGCCCGCGUCAAGAAGCUGUGCACUGAAGUGAAGGCCUACCUGCUGGCUGAUAUGGCUCACAUCAGUGGGCUGGUGGCUGCCAGGGCCAUCCCCUCUCCGUUUGAUCAUGCUGACUUGGUCACCACCACCACACACAAGUCCCUCAGAGGAGCCAGAGCCGGUAUGAUUUUCUACCGCAAGGGUCUGCGCUCAGUGGACAAGAAGGGCCGUGAGCUCAUGUACGACCUGGAGGACAAGGUCAACUUCUCUGUCUUCCCCUCGCUGCAGGGCGGCCCACACAACCACGCCAUCGCUGGGGUGGCCGUCGCCCUCCGCCAGGCCAACACGCCCAUGUUUAAGGAAUACAUCGCCCAGGUAAUGCGCAAUGCAAAGUCCAUGGCUGAUGCACUGUUGAAGAAGGGCUACACCUUGGUCUCAGGUGGCACAGAGAACCACCUGGUGCUGGUGGACCUGCGCCCGCAGGGCAUGGACGGGGCGCGGGCCGAGCGUGUGCUGGAGCUGGUGUCCAUCACGGCCAAUAAGAACACCUGCCCUGGAGACAAGAGCGCCCUGAGCCCCGGCGGUCUGCGGUUAGGUGCACCAGCCCUCACCUCUAGGCAGUUUAAGGAGGCUGACUUUGAGCAGGUGGUGGAUUUCCUGGAUGAGGGCUUCAAAAUCGCUCUGGAUGUGAAGAAGAAGACAGGCAAGCUGCUGGAGUUCAAGAACUUCCUCCUGGAGGACCCGGAGACGGUGGCACGUCUGGCCGAACUGCGCUACCGCGUGGAGGCUUUCGCCCGGCCCUUCCCCAUGCCCGGCUUCCACGACCACUAGGGGGCGACAUGAGGAGAGAGGGUGAUGAGGGAGAGAGAGGUUGUUGAGGUAGGGUGAUUUUAGAAGAGGGAGAGAGAGAGAGAUGAACAAAGUGGAUGCACAGAAACCCAGAACACGUGUCCUUUAAAACACUUGUCCAUUUUAAAAAAGGACCAGACAAUGAGAAUUUCGUCCUUCUUUUCCAAAUCAUGUUUCAUGCUGUGACUUCUCAGGAAUUGGUGAUAGGCAGUAGAGUCUCUCUCUCUUUUUUUCCCUUUUUUUUUAUCUUUUUCUUUCCACUUUUUUUUGUUUACACAAAUCGCUGUUGUCAUACUGUCCGGUGGCGCUUAAAACGGAACGUAAUCUGCGAGAUAAUCACACACACACACACACACACACACACACGCACACACACACACACACACACACACGCACACGUGAGACCAUGUCCAGCCCUCAGGUGAUGUGCUGUCCGUCACUAGCCAGGGGAGUUGGCCAGAGCCAACAGGACAAACACACAUAGUCUUAAAGCCGAGGUGGAGAGGGAGCAUCUACGAGACCAGUGGAGGAGAAAAGGAGAGAUACAUACUCGCGUUUCUUAGAUAGUCUCGUCCAAGCACCGAGCAAGAUAGAGCACGUAGGCUGCAGGCACAUUUAUAAUGUAUAGUGAUGUCGUUUUCUGUGAUAAACUUUGUUUCUUACACUAGGGGGUCCAACUGAGGGUGAGUGAGUUGAGUAACGAGCGGUAGAUUCAAAAGGGCACGCUGGAUGCAGAUCUCCACGGAGAUUUGCUCUGCAUCAGCGAUGCCACAUUCGCUGCCACAUUCUCUGCCCACUGCAAGGAUGGUGACUCAACCUUUAGUGAUAUGACACCUUGCAUAAAAAAAAGAAUUACAAUCCAGUCUUUUCACCGUCUGGGUUUGUAAAGAAAAAAAGACCCAAGAAAGUAAAAGAGAAUUGAAACAAUACAGCUGUAUAUAAUUAACUCUAUAAAGAUAGUCUAAUGCUGAAAUGCUUUGUUGUUUGUUAGAGGACUGGCACUGGAUGAGUAAAUUGACCAAUAAAAGCGAACAUGAACUGAAUCAUUGUAAUGGAUCAUGUCACUGUGCUGGAGGCCAGUGUGUUUACAGAAGGUUUAUCCUGCACCGUGAACCCUUUUCUAUAUUAGCUUUUGGACAGGUACACUUUGUUUAUUUCCAUUUUAAUCAUCUGCUAACGCCUACGCCUUUUUGUAAAAAAAAAGAGAAGAAAAUCUACUUUCAUGUUGUCAAGAAUAUGAAGUGCAGAAUGCUUGCUAAUGCUCUACCCUUCUGCCGAGUAGUGUUCAUGUCAUGAGCAGAUAAGGGGUGUAGUGUUGGGGCUCAGAGACAGGAUUCAUGCUGUCGGCGUGUCUUCUGAAACGUCAGACUUUCACCCUCAUCAGACAGAGAUGUUUUAGAAGAUGAUCUCAGUGUUAUGGUACCCACUGACGAGAAAUACACUAUAUCAUUUAGUAAAGGUAAUCUCCAACCAUUUCAACAUCCGCAUUUGUGUGGAUGUUAAUGACAUGAGUGUAUGAACCUGGUGAUGUAGUAGUACUGACCUUUGCACCUCAAACCUGAAGGCCCCCCCACUGUGCCCCUUCCACAUGGCAGUGGUGCCACACCUAACGCAAUUUUUGUCUGUAAAGUUUUAACAUAAAUCUCCUUUGUAAAGAAAUUUUAUAAAGAAAACAAUAAUCCUAAUAAAUAUGUUAAGAAGCUGUUAA